UCUAGCUCUUGCUCACAUAUAUGUAGACAUCUUCAUAUUUUUGGGGUUUCAAUCUAGGGCUUGCUUUGAGAUCGGUCUCGGCACAUACAGAUUCUUCUUGUUUCUCUUGUAGUUCUGGUGAUUUUUGCAAGGAGGUCAAGCUGAUUCUUCCUUGUGUUAGAAUUGCUUGCUACCAUGGGGAGGGGGAAGAUCGAGAUCAAGAGGAUCGAGAACACGACGAGCCGCCAGGUGACCUUCUGCAAGCGCAGGAACGGGCUGCUCAAGAAGGCCUAUGAGCUCUCCGUCCUCUGCGAAGCCGAGAUCGCCUUGAUCGUCUUCUCCGCCCGCGGCCGCCUCUACGAAUAUGCUAGUAACAGCACGAGGACGACGAUCGACAGGUACAAGAAGGCUUCCGCAAGCGCUUCUGGCUCUGCUCCAGCUAUAGACGUCAAUUCUCAGCAAUACUUUCAGCAAGAAUCAGCGAAACUGCGCCAUCAGAUACAGUCCCUGCAAAAUGCAAACAGGAACCUGAUGGGCGAAUCCGUCGGCAACUUGACACUGAAGGAGCUCAAGAGCCUGGAGAACAGGCUCGACAAGGGCAUCGGCCGGAUCAGAGCAAAGAAGCACGAACUGCUGUUCGCGGAGAUCGAAUACAUGCAGAAGCUGGAGGUGGAUCUGCAGAGCGAGAACAUGUAUCUCCGAGCCAAGGUGGCGGACGCGGAGCGGCUAGCCCUGGCGGCGCCGCCGCCGGCGCCGGGCGGGGCGGAGCUGGAGGUGCUCCCGACGUUCGACGCGAGGAGCUACUACCACCACCAGGCAGUGAACAUGCUGCAGGACGCCGCGGCGGCCUCCUCCUCCUCGCGCUACUCCCAGUCGUCCCAGGCGGCGGCGGCGACCACCGCUCUUCACCUCGGCUACCAGAUUAAGGGGUCCCAAGUCCCAACUGAACUGAUCGACCGCUAGCUCCUCCACUCGGAGGCUCGGGACGCGCGCGCGUCACGGCAGGAGAAAGCACCCGCGCCGUCGAUCGAUCCAUGUCCUCUGCUAGUUCGAUGGAUUUGCUGAAUGGCCUACGUGUACUUAAUUACCACAGUACUGUAUUGCGGUAUGCUACCUAAAUAACUGCGUGAUGUGUGAGAAACAAGGAAGUGUAUACUGGUACUAUGGGACCUGGCUAGUGAGUACGAGCGUGCAUGUUGUGAAGAAUGACCUGGCCUUUUAUAUAUCACAUUUGUAAGCAAGUGCACUUGUGCGUCAAGGCUAUAUUGGGUCUUACUUUCUAUGAGUGAUUUAUAUAGCCAAGUAUUACUAUUA